AUGGCACAACUAGGAUGGAUUGCAGGUCCAUUGUCCACGCUGUGUUUUGCUUCUGUAACGCUUAUUUCUGCAUUUCUUCUCUGCAACUGCCACAAAUCCACUGACCCAGAGUGCACCAUCCGCCAUGGCUCUUACCUUGAUGCAGUUCGGUCAAUUUUAGGUGAGCAAUAUAAUGAGCUUGAUGAAAAGAAAAACGCUUGGUUUUGUGGCAUCAUUGUUCAAAUUAACUUCAUCAAGGUUGCAAUUGUGUAUACAAUCACCACUGCUAGUAGUAUCGGAGCAAUUCUCAAGUCUAACUGCUAUCACUAUGAAGGGCAUGCUGCUGCUUGUAGCUAUUCAACUACAAUACAUAUGGUUAUAUUUGUAGCGGUUCAAGUUCUAGUGUCUCAGGUUCGUGAUUUUCAGAACACAAAGUGGCUCUCCGUAGUUGCAGCAAUCGUGUCUUUCACAUAUUCAUUCAUUGGAGCAGGACUAGGCUUAGCGAAAGUAAUUGAGAAUGGAGAAAUAAAGGGUAGCAUUACUGGAUUGCCUUCUGACAAUGCGGUUGAGAAAGUAUGGUCAGUUGCGUAAGCGCUUGGAGACAUUGGCCCUGUUUGGUAAAAUG